CGUACGUACUCGAUCGGUCCAUUCUUGCAUUUGAAAUACCGGGGCACGAGAAAACGACGUGUUCGCCACCUGCCCCAGGUGCACGCGUCCCUACCCAAAACCCUAAUUUCCAUCACCUUCUCCUCUAAAAGCAGAGAACUCUUUCUCUCACUAUACAAACACACAAUUACACAUAUACAUACACGCCCACACUUUGAAAGUGAAGCACCAAAAAAACAAUUUCAUCCAUUUCUUUCCUUGCUCUACCUAUAAUUGCUCCUAAUUUAUGCUUAUAACUCUCUCUCUCUCUCUUUCUCUUUGUAGUUGGUGAUUUCUUAGAUGAAUUAUGAAUAGAGGAAGCACGCAUACUCUAGCUUUUCUCUGUUUCUUUAAUCUUUGUACUUGAUUCCAUGAGCAAUUGCAUCUAAUUCUCUCUUUUCUUUCUCCUCUCUUCUCUCUCUUUUCCUCUAAUAGUACAGCAGCAGGAGCCCUAGCUAUCUGUUGAAACCUUGUUUCUUACAAAGUGUUAUCGUUUGACUUUUUCUGAUCUCAAAACUUCCUGUGAAGAAAACAAAGACAUAAUCACAGCUGUUCUGUUCAAAUCAUCAGCAGCAACAAGAAAGUCAAGAAGUGGGUAGUAGUAUUUGAUCAUCUUAUCAUCUUCUUUCUUGUUUUUGUUACUUGUUUGGUCUUCAAUUAGCAAAACUGGCGCAUCACUGGUGGACGGGGCAGGUGGGUCUGCCGGGUAUGGAUCACCCGGCAGCAGAUUCACCUAAUCUGAACAACAAAGACAACAACCUCGAAAUCUCAAUCAACCACCACAACAGCAAAAGAAUCGGCGCCGUCGACGACGAAGAUCGAGACAACAGCGACGAGCCUAGGGAGGGCGCGGUGGAAAUUGGCUCUCGUAGGCCCAGAGGCCGUCCUGCAGGAUCCAAAAACAAGCCCAAACCGCCCAUCUUCGUCACCCGUGACAGCCCAAACGCCUUCCGCAGCCAUGUCAUCGAGAUAGCCGGAGGAGUUGACGUGGCGGAGAGCGUUGCGCAAUUCGCUAGAAGGCGUCAGAGAGGCGUUUGCGUGCUUAGCGGAAAUGGAACCGUGGCGAAUGUCACGCUAAGACAGCCCGCAGCACCAACUUCUGUUGUGGCCCUACACGGUAGGCUCGAAAUUCUCUCCCUAACCGGAACAUUUCUACCCGGACCUGCCCCGCCUGGCGCGACCGGACUAACUGUGUACUUAGCUGGCGGGCCAGGGCAAGUGGUCGGAGGAAGUGUUGUAGGGGCAUUAGUGGCCGCUGGACCUGUAAUGAUCAUAGCGGCGACAUUUGCAAAUGCGACGUACGAGAGAUUGCCUCUUGAGGAUGAUGAAGAUGGAGGUGAUCAGAUGAAGAGUGGUGGGAGUAACAAUUCACCGCCGCUCGGAAGUGGGGUUGGACAAUCGAGUGGGUUGGCGCCGGAUCCGCCUUCGUCGUCGCUGCCAAUGUUUAAUCUGCCACCGAAUUUGAUGCCUAAUGGUGGACAGUUAGCGCAUGAUCCGUUUGGUUGGGCAUCUCAUGCGAGGCCGCCUUACUAAAACAAUCAAUUGGAGUUGGAGGGUGGUUGUUAGUGGUGUUGUAUUGAAAGGUAGGAUUGAUUCCAAACAAGGUAGAUAAGAUAUAAUAAGUUUGUAAGAAGAGAAAGAAACCAUGACUUUCUGAUCAUGGUGUUCAGUGUAUUUUAUAUUUUGGUUUUUGGUUUUGCUUUUCUAGCUCUGUGUUUUAAAUAAAACAAUUAUGAAUUCUGUCUUUCUUCUA